CAAUAACUAAAGAUGUCCUAACAGCAGACCAUGGACUAUCAGCAUCAGGCUGCGGAUUUGUAUGGUUAUCUUUACUUCUAUAAAAGUGCGUGUGACUCCAAACCUCGCUGCCUGAUGCUUAGACAGCUCAGAAGUGUUUGAAGCACAGCCGCUCUUGAUUUCAUCUCUGCUUGCGUCUAAUUUAAGGAUGUUUAAUCGCACCCUGGUGCACAGACGAGAGCCUAAACCUUUAUAGCUGUAUGCUGAUGCAGGCGCGGAUAAUAAAAAAAAAACAAAAAACAAAAAAAAACAAUAAAAAAAUCUAUUUUUAUGCGAAAAAUACAUAAAGAGGUCAGGCUUGUCUAACUGACGUCAGUCAGAUGUCACUCAGUCACCAGUUAUUUUUCAUUGGUGGUCACCAUGACAUCAUUAAAUACCGGAGAGGGAUACCGGGAGACCUCGGAGGUUUUGAUUUAGCGAUGAGGAUUUCCUGUCGGAUGCGGCAAACUGGCAUCAUUGUUCUGCAGAUAUUGUAACUGAGAGUUUGGUGGUUCUGGAAGGACUCUAUCUGUAAAUCAAAGCCAUGGGGAAGGAUUACUAUAAAAUCCUUGGCAUACCUUCAGGCUCUAAUGAGGAUGAAAUCAAAAAGGCCUACAGGAAGAUGGCUCUAAAGUUCCAUCCAGACAAAAACAAGGAUCCCAAUGCUGAAGAGAAGUUUAAGGAGAUAGCAGAGGCUUAUGAGGUUCUGAGUGACCCAAAGAAGAGAGUCAUCUAUGACCAGUACGGCGAGGAUGGUUUGAAAACAGGUGGCACAGGCUCAUCUAGUGGACAAGGGACUACAUAUCACUACACCUUCCAUGGGGAUCCACAUGCCACCUUUGCUUCUUUCUUUGGAGGCUCCAACCCCUUCGAUAUAUUCUUCGGCUCUGGACGCCAACGGGGAACCACCAAUGGCACUAGUGACCAUGUUGGCGAUCAUGACAUGGACAUUGACAUGGAUGGAGAUGAUGAUCCUUUCAGUUCCUUCAGCCACUUUGGCUUCAGUGGUAUCAAUGGGUUUCAUCACGGUGGAGGUCGAAGACAUCGUAACGAGCCCCUCCACAGCAGCCGGAGGAAAGUACAGGACCCUCCGGUGGUACAUGAGCUUAAAGUGUCUCUAGAGGAGAUCUUCCAUGGAUGUACCAAGCGGAUGCGAAUCACUCGCCGUCGACUGAACCCAGAUGGAAGGACAAUGAGGACAGAGGACAAGAUCCUUAACAUUGUUAUCAAGAGAGGCUGGAAGGAAGGGACCAAGAUCACCUUCCCCAAAGAGGGUGAUGAGACACCUGAGAACAUUCCUGCUGAUAUUGCAUUUGUGCUCAAAGACAAAGGGCACCCACUCUUCAAAAGGGAUGGAUCCAACAUCAUUUACUCAGCCAAGAUCGGUCUUAAGGAGGCAUUGUGUGGCUGUACAGUGAACAUUCCCACCAUUGACAACCGAGCAAUCACAUUGCCCUGCAACAAUAUCAUCAAACCAGGCACAGUCAAGAGACUACGUGGAGAAGGCCUACCUUUCCCAAAAAAUCCGUCUCAACGCGGGGAUUUAAUAGUGCAGUUCCAGGUGCGCUUCCCAGACAGAAUCCCACCCCAGUCCAGAGAGAUCAUCAAACAGCACCUGCCACAGUCUUAGAGGAAGUUCAGUGGAUACAUUGUAUGCUGACGUUUUUCAAACACGUUUUCCCCAACAAUACAGGCGCUGAAUUCGAAGAAGGACAAAUAAGUCAUAAGGACCAGAGGCUCAUUUGAAAUUUUGUUACAGUUUUACUUAAUUUAUUAUCAAAUUCUCUGAACAUGCGGAACGCUGAUUUUUGGGAUGUUGAAGUAGUUUGUUAUGCCAAGACCCGUGGCUUAUAACCAGGACUUUUUUUAUCAAAUUUCCCUAUAGCAGUUUUUUUUCUUCUCUUUAUCAACAUGUUGAAAGCACAUACAAGAAAGACAAAAUGACUGAUUUGUUGACUGGAAGGUUAAUAUUUUUUGGUGUAAUGAUGGAGAUGAGGACAGCUGGCUAUUUACUCUGGAUUUGAAUCUGUGUUAUUUUGUAGCAGAUUAAAUUCCCUUCCCUUGUAAUAUUCGAUAAUCUCAUUUUAAAAGAAGUGUUCUGUGUAAGACAACUAAAGUGUUGGAGACUUCUGGAUUUUUAGGAUUUUGAGCACCAACAGAGCCAUUUGGUAACUAUUUGAUAUAUUUACACUCCCUCAACAGUCUACAGGUGCUUUCUGGUAGUUCUUGAAGUACCAGGUACUGGCAAUUAUGGUAAACCUUUGGUUGGAUGAUUACAGGAUUUUUGAGGUCACAGAUCUUUUGAGUGCCUUAAUGUGGCUCAAACCAGCUAUUUUAGUUUUAUUAGCAUAGAUCUAAUAGAUCUAAUUAAAACAAUACUAAUUCGAUUAUUUUGUCAUUUCUAUACCCAAAAAUAAUGUACGGCAGUAACCAUCAAAGGAAUAGUUUACCCAAAAGGAUAAUUUGGUCAUGUAGUAAUCUUCAUGGUGCUCUUAAUAUAUGAUGUUAUUGUUUCUGUGAAACACGAGGAGUUAGCUGGAAGGAUAUCUAGACUGAUUUUACAGACAAUGAAAUGUAAAUGAUGGCUUUGACUGUCAAGCUAAAAAGGGUUAAAAAGCACUGUGUUCUAAAGUAGAGUUCUCUCUCUCUCUCUCUCUCUCUCUCUCUCUCUCUCUCUCUCUCUCUCUCUCUCUCUCUCUCUCUUAAUUUAACCAAGGUGCAAAGGGGGGAAAAGACAAAAACAUAAAAAAACAAAUCACCAUAGUAUAUUGUAUAGUCAAGUUAUAUUAUAGGUUUUAAGUAUUUGAUACAUCACAUGGAUCAUACAAAUCAAAAAUCUUUGACCUAGACUGUCAAGUUAAUAUGUACAUAACAUUUUACGACUUGGUCUGACAAAUCAUCCUUGCUAAAAGUUAUUCAUAAUUUCAUUGACUGAGAGAAGGAAAAUUUCGGUGAAUAAAAAAUUCUGUGAAUUAUAAA